GCCGCCUUCUCCCUCGCCGACAGUGCGCGGCGAGAAGCUUCACGGCCGUGCCCGCCAGUCUUCGUGCAGCAGCCUCUUCCAGGUGUGCGCUCUGCCAGCCAGCCGUGUCGAAAGCGCCCCAGCGAGGCACCGCGAGGUCCUUCAACCUUCAGGGGUGCAAGCUCGCCGUCUCGAAGUGCCUACAGCCGUCGCGUCCACGUGCUGCGGACACCGCCCAGGCAUUUGAUGAGGGCACAGGACGAGACAGAGACGCUUGCAGAAGACGGCCGCCGACGUCUCUCAAUGGCAGAGAGCCUGGAGCCGGAGCAGCCUGCUGGGCUGCCCUCCAGGUAUGCCAGACCUGAUGGUGUCCCAGCUGCUGUGAGACAGAGGCCUUCGCAGAGUGAGACUCCGAACUACACUCCGCUGUUUGAGUACAGACCACCACCCCCAGAGGCGCAGGUCACCACCUCUGCCCGGCCUGCCGGGCGAUCGAGCGAGCGAAGUGCGUCCGACAGGGCGAGCCACAGACGAUACUCGCAUCGAUCAGCAGAGGCUCGGCUGCCCGGCACACGCUCAGCAUCGAGCCACGACAAGUCCAGAACUCAAGGUGAUGGCGCCCUCCUCCGGGACUUUGACACGCUAAGGGCGGAGGUGUAG